GAGCACGUGUCCGAAUAGCCUGGUUGGUCUGCUUGACGCGAACAAAUACAAAAUGCUGAUGCGAAUUCCACUGGACGAUCUCGAAGUGAUGAAAGCCAAAGAUGAGAAUCUAAGACGAAUGGCGCGCGAAGUAGACUAUCUUCGAGAAGAUUGCACAAAGUUAACUCAACUUCAGGAACUCACCGCGACUUUGCAUGGUGCCAAGCAGCAGUUGGAGGAUCUUAUUAAGGAUAUGCUGAGUCAAGCCCAACGGCAACUGGCAGAAAGAAAUGCAGCGCAUUCGCAGUUGGCUUGCUUAGAACUAACACUCAAUACUCAAGCCGGAAUUGAGAAUAUAUCUGUUAUGUUCGCGAAACCUGACAAACGUGCGAGUUGGGAGGAGAGUUUUAACGAAGCCAAACAGAAACUCGCACUGUCAGCCGACAGGAGACUGUGUCCUGAAUUCGUGGGACCUCUGCCGAUCAGAAAAACGCGGGCUGGUCUCCAGUUCACGUGCGCGGCGCCGACAUUGGUAAACGGACAGGGAUCGAGGGACGUUUGGGUCUGCAACAGCGAUGGAUACGUUGGUCAGGUGUGCGUGCUGAGCCUGAGCCCGGAACCACCGCAGGUUACGUCGUGUAAUGGAGUCUGCAACUCCAGGAUACUCUGCGUCGCCGGGAUACCCGCGUGCACGCCCAGUUCGAACUCGUGCACGUCGAACAACAGCCCGUUCAUUAACAGCAAGAGUGGUAUAAGCAUAUCGGUACAAGACGUGGAUGCCAGUGGCGGUAACAUACAGUUAGACAGUAGCUCGAGCUCCGACGAUUCGGACUCGGAUGACAGUCCAUGCGCAGAUACGGGCAGCAUGACAUUGAGCGGUGACGUGUCGAGUAUUGACAAUACUACUGCGGAGGAGGACGCGAAUCAGCCUACGAUGUGGUUGGGAACAGAGGACGGCUACAUCCACGUAUACAACUGCAACGACAAUAUCCGGAUCAAGAAGAACAAGGUGAAGAUCCUGCACGGCAGCAGCGUGCACUGCAUCAUAUAUUUGGAUAACAAGGUGUUUGUUUCUCUCGCCAAUGGAGACAUCACUGUUUACGUUCGGGACCAUACCGGUGGAUGGAACACACCGGAUCCGACGACGGUAUCCGUCGGGACGGUGGCAUCGCCGGUAACCAAGAUGCUAUCCGUUUCCGGGAAACUUUGGUGCGGCUGCCACAAUAGUGUGAAAGUUUUAAACACUCAUACCCUGGACAUCGAACACACGUUCACGGUUAGCAGCGACACGAGCCGCGCCGUUUCCUGCAUGGCGAAUUCUGGAGGCUUAGGCGUCUGGAUUUCCUUACACAAUAGCGCUGUGCUGAGGCUCUUCCAUUCCGGUAGCUAUGAAUGCCUAACGGAUAUCAAUAUAGCGCCGGCUGUCACCAAAAUGCUUGCCAGUUGCGAUGACAUAAUUCGGCAGCACAAGGCCGCGUGUCUCAGGGUUACCGCACUAUUGGCUUGCAACGAGUUGCUCUGGAUCGGUACGAGCGCCGGCGUGCUGCUCACUGUGCCAAUUCCCCAUAUAAAGUCAUCAACUCAGAGGAUGUCGCAGCCACCGAUUGUGACUGGAAUUCCUCACGGACACACAGGACACGUGCGCUUUCUCACCUGCGUGGAAACGCCGAACCCCUCGAAACCCGACCCUGGUUCGAAGGUGAAUCGUUAUUCACUGAAGUCGAGUAAAACGCAGCAGAACAAUAUCAAUCGCGGCAAACUCUUGGUGAUAUCUGGCGGAGAUGGUUAUGAAGACUUUCGUGGACCUCAGGCAUCCGCAGAGCUGCAGGCCGGUCGUGAGGAUUCUACGAAUCAUUUGCUACUAUGGAAAGUGUGAUAUGAUCUCGUACGACCCCAGGCAAGGGUCGCGGUAAACGAAAGCCGGCAUGACACGCCGUGGGAAUCGUUAUUGUACGCGCAGCAUGCGGACGGAUGCCAUCGCCGUCGUCUGAUCGUGGCCGAUCACGACGCGCCAACAGGUCGGGUUUUCAAGGAGCGCGGUAGAAUUCUCUGGCUGAUAUUAGCCGAAUGGAUUAAGGGCAAGAUGCGAGAACUGCACUACUUCCAGGACAUGAAGAAGUGUCGGGUGCAUUUUGCGCGGGAGUCCGGUUGAUCGAGGACGGUCUUGGACCUGUCUCUCUCGUCUUUGCGCGAUCUAUAAAAAGGAUGUUGUCCGUUGUUGUUUGGUCAUCACUCGCGCAAGUCUGACGCAAAAUCGUUUACCAACGACAAGUGCUCGAUGGUCAAAUUUUUUUUUUUUUUUUCUGUACAUAUAUUUGAGAAGUAAUAUGUUAUGAAACAAUUGAUGUUUAAAAGUUCUAUACUAUUUUUUCACACAUUAUAAAUUAUUAAAUUAUUAGCGAUUUGCAUUGUAUUUAUUUCAAUUCUGUAUUUAUAAUAUUUAUUAUGUAGUAUAAAGAAGGAAUUUCACUACAUUGAGCACGUGCCUUUGGUAAAUAAAAUCGGAGAUAAAUAAAAUUGCGUAAUGUUGGAAAUGAUAGGAUCUGAUUCUAAAUGUAAUUCUCGAUGUCGAUGUAUGUUUGCCAUUUAUACAAAAACGCGAUUUCAAGAGUGGCCCACAUGUUAAAAUAGCCAAAUGACACAAAAAUUUAAAAGACAUCUACAAACAUCUACAUCUUUUAAAUAACGAUAAAUGGUUUUUAGACGUUUGUGUCGUUUGAAUUUGGUUUAAGGGCACGUUUUCUUUUAGCUGCAUUUUCAAAUACCCUGUAGGUUUAAAACGAAACAAGCGCACAGUGAAGCUUUUAAAAGAGAGAGAAAUAUAUAUAAAAAAAUAGUAAAAAGUGCAGCUAAAUAAAACAUGUAUGUUAACGGACCGGAUUACGAUCAAGUAAAUCAUCGACAUCGAUAAAUCGACGAUAGUGGAGUACCUGGCAGGGCGUUGAAUCGAGCUUAUAUGUAUCAAUACUGGCCUAAAUUGAAAAAUAGUAGAUAUAUACAUAGAGAUCUAUAAUUUGUUACGAUUACUAAAGUGCCAAAAAAAAAAAAAAAACACGAAAAUUUA